UUUUUUCAAAAUUCCACUUUUUUAUUUUUUUCAAUCCAACCCAAAAUUUCAGAAAUCUUCAUAAUUUCUUAAUUUCUAUUGCUUUUCAGUUUUCUCUUUUCUAGGCACUACUAUUACCAUGGAGAUCUCGGUAAUUGGUAAUUCUCAAAUGAAUAUUGGAAAGGCCGAUGAAAAUUUGAGGGAGUUAGGGUUUUCCAAUUUUAAAAGCAAUAAUCAUAAAAAUAAAAAUAUGUUGAUUCCCAAAAAUAGGGUUUCUUUUGAAAACAGUAAUCAUAGGGUUGGAUUUACUCUCAAAGCUGUUCAAGGUGAUGCUAUUGUUGCUGAGGAGAAGGCUAAUUCAAUUCUUCUUACGAGCUGCCAAUCUGUUGGUGGCGUAAGACUCUUUGUAGGGUUACCCUUAGAUACGGUGUCACAGUACAACACAGUAAAUCAUGAGAGGGCUAUGACUGCUGGCUUAAAAGCCUUAAAGCUACUGGGCGUCGAUGGUGUGGAGCUGCCUGUCUGGUGGGGAAUUGUUGAGAAGGACAAUAUGGGAAUAUAUGACUGGUCUGGCUACCUUGCUAUUGCAGAGAUGGUCCAAAAUUUGGGUUUAAAGUUGCGUAUAUCAUUUUGCUUUCAUGCGUCUCAGGAACCAAAAAUAUCACUUCCUGAUUGGGUGUCUCGAGUUGGUGAAGCUGACCCUAAUAUAUACUUUAUGGACCGUUCAGGGAGACAAUACAAAGAUUGUCUAUCGUUAGCUGUUGAUGAUUUGCCUGUUUUUGACAGUACGUCGCCAAUCCAAGUGUAUCAAAAUUUCUUAGAGAGUUUCAAUGCAAUAUUUUCACCUUUCAUGGGAUCCACUAUUACUGGUAUCACAGUAGGGCUUGGACCUGAUGGUGAGCUUCGGUAUCCUUCGUUCCAUGAUGCAACAACAACAGCACUCAAUAAUCAGUUGGGUGUUGGAGAAUUCCAGUGCUAUGAUAAAUACAUGCUCUCACAUCUGAAGCAGUACGCUGAAGAAACAGGCAAACCUAUGUGGGGUUUGGGUGGACCUCACGAUGUACCUAAAUAUGACGAGUCUCCCAAUGCAAACAACUUCUUCAAGGAUGAUGGUGGUUCUUGGGAGACACCUUAUGGUGACUUCUUCCUUUCUUGGUACUCCCACCAGCUCGUUGAGCAUGGUAACCGCAUCCUUUCCCUCGCCUCAACUGUAUUUGGUGAAAUUCCAACGACCAUUUCUGGAAAGUUACCCUUAGUGCAUUCAUGGUAUAAGACUCGGUCACACCCUUGUGAGCUGACAGCUGGUUUUUACAACACAGUUAAUAGAGAUGGAUAUGAAUCUGUGGUUGAGAUGUUUGCCAAGAAUUCAUGCCGGAUAAUACUGCCAGGAUUGGAUUUGUCAGACGCACACCAACAAAAUGGAUCAUUACUUGUACAAAUUAAGGAUUCUUGCACGAAGCAAGGAGUGGGCAUGUAUGGUGAAAACUCCUCUGUUUGUAGAGUGAAUAAUGGGUUUGAAAAAAUAAAGAGUAAUCUUUCAGAAGAGAAGGCAGUUGUGAGUUCAUUCACAUAUCAGAGGAUGGGAGCAGAUUUCUUCUCCCCGAAGCAUUUUCCAAUAUUCACAGCAUUCGUUCGUGCAGUAAAUCAGUUGGACUUGGACCUUGAUGUCGAUGAUAUGCCAGACACUACGACUACGAGAGCUGUGGAAACUAUACAUAUGAGGUCAGAGGCCCUUAAGCUGCAAACUGCAUAACUGGUCUUUCUUUAGAAAAGAUUAUGUAAAUACUCAACCUUAUUGCCUCUCAGGUUUCCUUAUUGCAGUUGUACGAGGUUGUAACUGUAAGACGCAUUAAGGACCCAUAUUCUCCCCAUUCUGCUGUAUAAAUAUAUGAUUUAUUCAAACAAAAAGGCAAAUUAAUGCUUGCUUCUUUGUA